AUGGACGAGCCUGGCGGACCUACUGCGAAUCUCUCAUGGGGGAAUGUUAGCCUCGCGUUUUCUUUCAUCGUGUUCGACGCAAUAGUCUCAGUCUCCUUCGGGCUCGGCGUCGGGAAUGGCCUCGUUACCGCAGCUGUGCGGUGUAUUAUACAGCUCAGCGUCGUAGCGUUGAUAUUGCAGAAAAUAUUUGAGACGAAUAAUCCGAUCGGUGUCGCAGGAAUUGCUUUCUUGUUGAACAUGAUGGGUACAAUUGAGACAGUCGUCAACAAAUCGAAGAAACGCUUUAAUCACAUGCUUCCAACCGUACUUAUUGGGAUGCUUGGGUCGACUAUUCCUGUAUCCAUUAUCGGUGUCCGCUUCGCAAUGGCUGUGGAACCAUUCUGGGCCCCUGCACAAUAUAUACCCAUCGUUGGUAUGCUAUGUGGUGCCACAAUCUCCGGCAUUGUGGUUUCUGUAUCUUACGUCCUGAAGGAGCUAUAUGACAACAAAGACAAGGUGGAGAUGUAUCUUGCAUUCGGCGCGUCAAGGUUCGAGGCAUGCAAGCCAAUUGCGAAGGAGGCUCUGCGCCUCGCCCUUACUCCCAACAUCAACCAGAUGAGUGUGCUCGGCAUUAUCGCAAUCCCGGGCAUGAUGACUGGUGCGAUCCUCGGAGGCUCCUCCGUAGAGCAGGCCGCGCGUCUGCAAAUGGUCAUCAUGUUUAUGAUAUCGUCGUCCACCGCGCUCGCCUCAAUCGUCGUGACGGUACUCUCGCUCAGCGUCAUCGUCGACGGCGACCAUCGUGUACGCACAGACCGGAUCGAUGUGCGCCAGCACGCGAUCUGGCGUGCGCGCAAUUGGGUCGUGGGUCGCAUUGUGGAAAUGACGAAGAAUGUGGGGCAGCGCGCGUGGAAGAAGGUGCGACCAAAAUUGACGAGGGCGGAUAGCAGCUAUCAAUCUUUAGACAGUCCGUUGACGGAUCGCGGAGACAGGGAGAGGCUGUUACCGGGUUGA